AUGGAACUCCACAUCAAUGAAUCCAAAAAGAAUCCUGGCGCUCUCCUAUUCGACCCUCUCACCAAAGAAUCCCUCUACCGCAUCACAAACUCUCACAAACAUACCCUCGUAACACGACCUAACCCAACCGGAGGAACAGAAGAAGAGAAGGUGGCAGAUAUCGAGUGGUCCAUCUUGGGGACGACGCAGUUGACCUCGAGUAUUGUGGGCGACGGUAAGCCUGCACCAGCAAAAACGAUCAUCGAAAGCAAGAGAUUGGGCAGACAUUAUAUUUUCUCAGGUCCUGAUGGACGAUCGUACCGCUGGAAGGAGAAGACUUCUGGCGGAUACAAACUCACGACGAAUGACGACGCCAAAAACCUCAUCGCAGAAUACAAAGAAAAGAAGCAAACCUUAUUCUGCUCGAUGAAACGUCCCGCUCAGCUAGUAAUCAUGCCUUCUGGCACGUAUAUGAUGGACAUGGUGGUGCUAACGUUCGCGUAUGUGGAUAGAAGGAACACGAGAGGGAAAGAAAUGGGGGAGGGAAUCGGCGUCCUGGGAGAAGUGGUCGGGGCGGUUGUUGGCGCUUGAUUUUGCAAGGUGCCGAGUUUUGGUCGUCUGUCCGCGUCCUGGGCUGUAUAUUCGUACGGUCUUUAUUCACUAUCUUUAUACCCUAUGCC